AGUUGUCGGGAAGCAAGCACCUGCCGGUCCGGUCCCGGUUCCCCGAGAAGAUGGAGCUUGAACACGAAACUCCCAGCUCCUCCACCGGUUCUCCGGGAGGCUCCAGGGAGUAUAAAGUGGUCAUGCUGGGAUCUGGUGGCGUGGGGAAAAGUGCCAUGACAAUGCAGUUCAUUAGCCAUCGGUUCCCUGAUUACCACGAUCCCACCAUUGAGGAUGCUUAUAAGACACAAGUUCGAAUAGAUGACGAACCUGCUUACUUGGACAUUUUGGACACUGCUGGACAAGCAGAAUUCACGGCCAUGAGAGACCAAUAUAUGAGAGGAGGAGAGGGCUUCAUUAUCUGCUAUUCCAUCACGGACCGCCAGUCCUUUCAAGAGGCGGCGGAAUUCAAGGAGCUCAUUUAUCGCGUCCGACGCACCUACGACAUCCCCUUGGUGUUGGUGGGCAACAAAAUUGAUCUCAAAGAGUUUCGGCAGGUGUCCAGAGAGGAAGGCAUGAACUUGGCCAGACAAUAUGGCUGCCCUUUCUUUGAGACCUCUGCAGCCUUUCAUUUCUACAUCGAUGACGUCUUUUACAGACUCGUGAGGGAAAUCCGGAAGAGGGAGAUGUCUCUGCCUCUAGCCGAGGGGAAGUUGAAGAGCAAAGGAAGUCUAUGGCAGAAACUGAAAAGGUCUUUGAAGAAGAAGAAAGAGAGUCCUUCUUGAUCACUUUUUUCCGUCUGGUUAGCUGCAUCACUUGGAAACUGCCUGGAACCCAUUCUCUGACACAAUUCCAAAAGGCAUCAUCUUCUGCGGUCUUCUUUUCAGGAACCCCGCCACGAAGGGCAAGUUGUCUAACUUUGGGAGAGCUAUGCACACGGUGGAAAAUGUACCCCUUCUGGUUCAUGAUUUAAAAAAGCAGGAAAUAUAUGUAAUAGGUAGCUUCUGAAAAAACAGCACUUGAAUGUAUUUUAUUUGAGCAUGAUGUUCAAAGCUCAUCAACAAUGACAUGAAAAAUAGUCAGAAUGCAAACAAUUUUUUUAAAAAAACCACUCAAAAGGCACAAGGGGUUUGCUUCAUUGUUUUGGUAUGUAUGUAUUUUUUUUAUAAUUCAUCUUCAUUUAAGAAUGUGUAGCUGUUCCUGUAAACUUCCUGUCCUUUGAAAAAAAAUAUAUUGGCUUGCAUCCAAAGAGUCCCAGGUAAGGCAACAAAACAUUUUCACUCCUGUUGCGGUGCGGAGCGGUCUCCACCAAUUCUGGUCUCCGAAAACUGCUUUUUACUUCAUCGUGGUGGACUCGACAGAAUGGAUUUUCAUGCGACUUGAGAGCUGCACCAGGAACAGGGACAAAUCUUAGGAAUGUGUGUCUGAAACUCAAUCUACCGUUCUUUGGAUCCAAACACACUGUGUUUCAUGUGAUGUCAAGUGACUUGAAAACUCUAGGGAUAAGAUAAUGUCCUUCAUUUGUUUUAUGUGUUUCCGCUCUGCCCGCUGCUCCACUCCUCUGAAACAUUUUUAAAAAAUAAUUCCAAAAUCAGAGCCAUGUGCAGAUUUUGAUAGGUUUCAUUUCCUUCUGUCAAAGGCUUUCACGGCCGAAACCAAC